GCCGUUCCAUUGUCGCGUGUGGUUGAGUCGCAGCUCUCUCGGGAUUACAAUUGUUGAUUCAAAAUUUAUUGAUAUAUAUAUAUAUGAAUGUUUUGUAUAUUAGUAGGCGUUCUUGCUAUACAAUUAGCGCGACUAAUUAACUAAGAAAACUUGAGUACAAAUUAACAUUGAUUUAAAAAAUUCAUAAAGCUAUAAAUAAACAUCAAAUGGCGUUAAGUUACGAAAGAUUUUUUGCGCUUUUCUUAUCAUUAACAAUAUGUGCAGCCGUCGCGCCGCCCGAUGAUGGCAAAUUGCGAGUUUGUGUGGUAGAAUCUCGUGGAAUUUACCGCAAGGCGCCCAAGUUCUGUCCACAGCUGCAGGACAAUAGCAAUAUCGAAUGUGUUAUCGGCAUGGAUCGCUUGGACUGUGUGCGUCGCAUACACAAGGGCACGGCGCAUUUUGGAGUCUUAAGCGCCGAAGAUUUGAUUGCAGCACGUUGGGCCAGCGUGGAGAUUUUGGUGGCCAGCGAGAUGCGUUCGCAUGAGUCGCCGUUUGAGUAUGAAAUCGUAGCCGUGGUCAACAAUGAUGCCAACAUACACACUGUGCAUGAUCUGCAUGGCGCCAGACUGUGUCAUCCCGGCUAUGGCUUGGAGAAUCACUGGACGGAGGUCUUAGCCAAUUACUUUGAGGCCGCCAUGGUUAGCAAAACGUGUAAAGCUGAACUGACGCUUACGGAGGAUCGCAUUGCUGCCUCGGCAAAAUAUUUUGGUCCCAGCUGCAAGGCUGGACCUUGGGUGCCAGAUGCGAAGCAAGAUCGCAUACUUAAGGAUCGUUAUCCCUCACUUUGUCACAUGUGCUAUGAUCCGUACAGCUGCGAUGAUAGCGACAAGCACUGGGGACGACGUGGCACGCUCUAUUGUCUUACCAAUGGCGGCGGCAGCGUCUCCUGGGCGCGUCUCGAUGACACGCUCAGUCACUUUGGCCUUGCUGGUUUGCCGGCUCAGGAUGAUCCCGCCAAGUACAGUUAUCUCUGCCCGGAUGGCCACUUGCAGCCCAUUAAUGUUACACGUCCCUGCAUUUGGGUGUCCAAGCCUUGGCCCGUUGUCGCCGCACAUCGCUCGCAUGCCGCUCAGGUGCAGCGCCUGGUCACUGGUCUCAGCCACGAUGAGCCGCACAGCUGGCAGAAUGCGCUGCUCAGCCUGCUGGAGACCUAUCAUGCGUUCACUGUGCCACUGGACAAUGUUAUACCCGUCGAUGAUUAUCUCAAUCAGGCCAUCGGCUAUCAGUCCGCCUACAGUUUUCCCGAAUGCAAUCCGCCGCGCUCCAUUGUUGUCUGCACCAGCUCCAUCAUUGAGCACAACAAGUGCUCUUGGCUGCAGGAGGCAGCGCAGGUCUAUGGCGUUGAGCCGAACAUACAAUGCAUACGCACCAUGAAUCUGCAGCAGUGCAUGGAGGAUACCGAAUUCAAGAGUUCCGAUGUGGUUAUAGUGAAUCAGGAGCAGCGCGUGCAGGCGCAAAGGGAUUACGGCUUGCAGCCACUACUGUUUGAAUUUGCGGAAGGCAUGCAUGAGCGCUAUGUGACCAUCGCCUUGGUGCACAAGAACUCAGAGUACAAAACCUUUAAAGAUCUAAGAGGCGCGCGUGCCUGCUUGCCCAGCUUCGAGGGCGCUGCUCAUAUGGCCGUGCAGGAGACCAUACUUAAUGUGACUGGGCAUGUGGAAACGCUGCACUCCUACUUUAAUCGCGACUCCUGUCUGUGGCAUCCGCAUAAAGGACGCGAGUGUCCGUUGCAUUAUAAAGGUGAAGAGGGCGCGCUUCGCUGCCUGGCUGAGGGUGCAGAUGUUGCCUUUCUCAGCUCGAGCGUCUACAAGAAAUAUGUCAGUGGCAAUAUGACUGGAGAUUGGCUGAAACCCGAUACACAUCUGUCUUACCGUCUGAUUUGUCCCUACGGCGGCAUUGAGCGCCGCUCCAAAUUUGAGUACUGCUAUCUGCACUGGACCACCCGUGGCCAUGUAAUGACGCACAGCUCGACGACGGCGCGACAGAGCGAAAUUUAUAAUUCACUGCAGCAUAUGGAUCACUUGUUUGGCAAAAAAUACAAAAGCGAGACACGCUCGUUUACGCUUUAUGGCGCUUUUGAUAAGCACAAUGAUGUACUCUUCCAUGACAACACAGACUCCCUGCGCAGCGAAGAGGAUUUUCAACGGAAUGAGGCCAAACGCAAUAUGGAACACAUUUUCCAGCGUUAUGUUUCAAAAUAUUAUGCCGUCAGAGCUGAAAGCGGCGCUCAGCAAAGCUACGGCAGCUUUUUUAGCUUAGUCUUAUUGUUAUUAACACGCUUAACGUUAGUUUAAAUCAAAGUGCUUAAAACUCUAUUUAUUGUGAUAUUAAUUUAAAUGUGCGCACCCGAACAGCAUUUAUUGCUAAUUUAUAAUAAGUAACUGAAGAAAUACAAAU